AUGGCUCCCAAGAGGGCGCUGUUCGUGGCGGUCGGCGAUGGCGGUGCGCCGCCGCCUCCAGAGAAGCGCCAGCGGGCGGGAGCGGGACCGGCUCCCAGCAGGAGCAGCCCCGAGCUGCCGCUGCCGUCGCCACCUCCGUCGCCGAAGCACUUCCUCGCCAUCGUCCUCGUCGUCCUCUUCUUGAAACGACCGAAGGGUCGGAGCACGGACAGGGUCCCCAUCUCCCUCUCGCAGAUCGGUCGCGUGGAUAAUAUAACACGGCCCUCUCCUAACCUCCUCAAUGAUGAGCAAUUCACACAAGAGGAAAACCAGGAAGGCACCAGUGCUGAACCUGCAGGAUUGGCCACUGCUGAAGGCCAGAGCGAAACCACGAGCAUUCAGCUGCGCUUCCUCAAUGGACUGAAGACUCCUGUUUACCAUGACGAUGAGAUAAAAUCUGAGAGCAAUACAGCCAUUAAGUUGGACUCUAAAAGUUCAAUAAACAUAGAGCCAAUUCUCGGGAUGGAAAGCGGAAAUGUAUUGGGAGGUGAAGGAACAAAAGCCCAGCAGAAUGGACAGUGCGAUCUUGGUAGCAUCAAAUUCACAGAAGGGUCGUGCAAGGCUCAUGGCGGGAAGUUCAUCAUUGGGGCAAGAGUUUGUGAGGGUGAGGUAUCUGGUGUCCAGGUUCAACAAGCCGUCAUGAACCCUGUGGUUGUGCAGGAUCUUGCAGAAACAAAUGUAGCAAAUGAAAAGAGUCAUCCUCCAAAACUAAAUGAUAGCGUGCAUCGUUUGGAGGAGAUUGCCAAAGUUUACGCAGAAAGGCUGGAGAAGGAGAACAUCUUUACUGUGGAAGACUUUUUAAAGGCUUUAAAUAAGGACCCUCGUAACCUUGCCAAAGCAGAAUUUUUUGGUGGUCCUUACACUCUGACAGAUAACUUUAGUUUUGCUCAACAGGAGUUAGUGGACCAGCUGAAAAAGGGGGCUUAUGCUAAACUGGAUAAGCUUCCCGAGGAUCAUGUAAUGACAGACAACUCUCCUAACCCAAUUCAUGUGGAUAAAUAUACUAGUAUUGGUGCUGGUCCAUCCUAUAUGCCAAUUGAACAGCCAAACUGUUCUGUUCGCCUCGCAUCUGUUCAUGGUACGGCAGCAGCUGAAAGAUUGAGCCAUGAUCGGAUUGAGUCAUCUUGUCCGAAUGCAUACAAUGACCCAGUUCCCAGCUCCUUCAUUCCUGAUCACCCCAGCAUGCAUAACUAUCAAGGUGGGCGUGUUCCAGUUCUACCAUUUGAAGGCUUUAGCCAUGAUGAUCACUACAAUGAGUUAUUAUCUGCAAAUGCAAACAGUAAUGAUCCUGGCCCUAGUUCCUCCACUGCUGAUCACUUCUUGACAUAUAACUACCGAGUGACACCAGGUUUAGAUCAUGUAGAAAUAAUCCAGAGUCAGCCCUUCUUGUUAAGCAAUGGCACCUUAUAUGGACUAACUUCUGGCCACAUCAAUAUGGCAUUACCACCACAGCAACCUAUAAUCCCUGGUAUGUCUCUCAAGCCUUUUCACCAUCCUUGGAAAGGUACCCCAAGAUCAGGUCAAGGAGCACACAGAACCAGAUGCAAGCUCCCUUGGCCCCCACCAAUGACGCCUCAGUGGCAUCUGCUUCUGCUCAGCAGGCCCUUCCACCACAACAGUGUUAUCCCUGGGACGGAUCAUGGUGAAUAUUGGUACGGUGGUCCUACUCAGCCCAUCAUAUCCGAGGAUCAACAAUGUUCCCUUCGCUAUCCUAGUAGCUCAGCGUUGAUCUGA